UGCGACUCCUCCUACUUACUCUCUAGCGUCGUCUGGACCCGAGCUGUUAGGCGUUGGACCCUACAGAGCCUCAACUGCCUCAUGUACACCUCGCAGCUUGUGCUACUGCCAGUGUUCUUCCUGAUGCUCCCCGAGGGCGCCAGUCCUCAACCCUCUUCCUUCCCAUUAGAGGCAGCGCCCACCUCUUCAGUCUUGAAGUCGACGACUCAGAGAGGGACCCUGCAGUCCUCCGCAGUGGGGCCUGCAACGACCCAGGAUGGCCCUGGGCUCUCUACGGUGGGCUCUAUUCUUGUGACCCCCUUUGCGCCGGAGAAUAAGACUGUGGACCUCUUUCCAGUCUUACCGAUCUGUGUUUGUGAUUUGACUCUUGGUGUCUGCGAUCUAAACUGCUGCUGCGACAGAGACUGCUAUCUUCUCCAUCCGAGGACUGUUUUCUCCUUCUGCCUUCCAGGCAGUGUAAGAUCUUCAAGUUGGAUGUGUGUAGACAACUCUCUUAUGUUCAGGAGUAAUUCCCCAUUUCCUUCCAGAGUUUUCAUGAAUUCAAAUGGCAUCCGGCAAUUUUGUGUACAUGUGAACAACUCAAAAUUAAACUAUUUCCAGAAGCUCGAAAAGGUCAGUGCAACCAAUUUCCAAACCCUGGCUGCAGAGUUUGGAGGUGAUUUAUUCAUUUCAACAUUGCAGUCCCAGUCACCACCACCUUUUUACAAGGCUGGGGACCCCAUUCUGACUUACUUUCCCAAAUGGUCUGUAAUAAGCUUGCUGAGGCAUCCUGCAGUAGUGGGAGCUGGGGGAGUUUGUGCUGAACGCAAUCCUGCAGGUUUCUUAGAGAGUAAAAGUACAACCUGCACUCAUAUCUUCAGGAACCUGGCAAGGAGCUGUACCUUGGAUCCAGUCCUGGAUGCUGCCUCUUACUAUAACUUCACAGUCUUUAAGGUUCCACGAGGUGUGACUGAUCUGCAGAAUAUGAAGUUCCAGGUUCCUGUAACACUUGCCUCACAGGCCAAUCCUCCUCUCUUGGCUCGGAAUGCUUGUCUGAAUGUUGUUUCCCAGGUCACCUAUGACAUAGAAACAAAUGGAACCUUUGGAAUCCAGAAAGUUGCUGUCCGUUUUAAACAAAUCAACCUGACUGUUGAGCCAGUUGUUUCUUUACAGCAAGACUUCAUCAUUCGCUUUAGGGCUUUUCAACAAAGCACAGCUGCUUCUGUAACUAUGCUUAGAAGUGGUAAUCCUGGCUAUAUUGUUGGGAAGCCACUCUUGGUUCUAACUGGUGAUAUAAGUCACUCCAUGACCCUCUUGCAGAGCGAGGGAAAUGGAAUUUGCUCUGUUAAAAGACAUGAGGUACAGUUUGGAAUGAACGCAAUAUCUGGAUGCAAGUUCAGGCUGAAGGAAGAGGUCUGUAGCCAGUUGCGGAAUGAGAUUUAUCAAAUUCUUCAUGGAAGCCCCAGACCAGAGCAUGUCGCCAUCUUUGGUAAUGCUAACCCAGCUUGGAAAGGAGAGUGGACCAGUAUCAUCAACAGAAGCUGCAGUACUUCCGCCCUGAACUGUACUUCUUGCUGUUUCGUACCAGUUUCUCUGGAGAUCCAGGUGUUGUGGGCAUACAUAGGCCUUCAGUCCAACCCACAGGCUCAUGUGUCAGGAGCCCGAUUCCUAUACCACUGUCAGCACAUACAGGUUUCCCAAAAAGGAGCAGACGUAUCUCUGACAACUCUUAUAAACUUUGUGGACAUUACAAGGAAGCCAGAGCCUCCAAGAAGCCAGCCCAGAAUCGACUGGAAAUUGCCAUUUGACUUUUUCUUUCCUUUCAAAGUGGCAUUCAACAAAGGGAUCGAUUCCCAAAAAGGAUCACCCUGUCCCGUCUUUAUCCUGUGCCUCUUACUGCUCGGAGUUCUCAACCUAGGGACUAAGUGAAGAAAAAGAAGAAUCAGAUUUCAGUUUUCCCUAUGGGAAGCUCAGAGGCGGCCUACUUAUUAUGGCUAUAUAGAUCAGUCUAUACUUGCUCAUGACCAAAGGAGAGCAUUUAGGAAAAUAUAACCUAAUUGAAGGAGCAUUUGUACAUGGAAGAAGGUAUUUUAGAAAUGCAGUAAAGAGUGUGGAGGGUGGCACAUGCCUGUAAUCCCAGCAUUCAGGAGCCUGAGGUAGGGGGACUGAGAGGGCAGGGUUAUCCAGGACUAUAUAGCAAUACCUUGUCCCGAAUAAAAAGGAGCAAAGGAAGGAAGGAAGAAAGGUAGUAACAAUAUUUCAUCUAGGAUAGCUAUCUGUUUAGAACUGUGCAGGCCACUAGGUACACAUGAGGUUCUCUUCUAAACCUGUGGUGACAAAUUGCUUUCCUCCUUCUGGUUGUAUUUUGCCUGACUAUAAAGGUUUGCAAGAAAAUCUACCUGCUUGCAAGUAUAGUCAAGCCUGUAUAAAAAACACACUCCAGCACUCACCCAGAGUAAACUCAGGAAUGACUAUCAGCAAUGAAGUUCAGAGGAGCUGACCAUUCGGGCCAGAAAAUUGCUGGCUGUGUAUUUUUUCUGGCUUUUUUGCCAAGGUGGGACCACACUGUCCAGGCAUGAGUUAGGAAAGUAAUUUUUUCCAUUUGGUUUGCAAAAUGAGUGUGGAAUGCCAGCUCUUCUUCCUGCUGGCAAAUAACCUUACCAUUCAUUUCUGCUCUUUUUUUUUCCCUCCUUUAUUGUGGUGAGGAGAAAGAAAAUAUUGACAGCUUUUAAUUCUACAUCCAUCCAACAAUAUGGCAAAAGUUAACGGCCCCGUGAUUUGCCUCACAGUUUUUCUGUGUUUCUUUUUCCUGUGUUUGUGAAGUUUAGAAAGCAAACAAACUGGGCAUGGUUGCCC